AUGGUAAAUAAUUUUGUGAAAAGUGCGUUUUUGUUGAUUUUGCUAGCUCCAAAUUCCUACCAAGGAUUUAAUCCAUUGAGGAGUACCGAUAACAAAGUUCCAUUGAACAAAAGAGAUUACAGGUUCCCCGCCACCAACUAUAAUUUGGACCACCCUCGCAUCAUCCAUUCUAUCGACGAUAAAUUCGUGUUGCUAGGCAACAAUGUCACUUUCCUCUGCCUGGCAACCGGUUACCAAGGACGUCACAACAUCAUCAACAACAUCAACAACAGCAUCAUCAACAACAACAUCAACAACAACAUCAACAACAACAUCAACAACAGCAAUUUUGAGCAUUUUGGCAGCAGGUUACUGAGAUGGAGGAUUGAUGGCGAGGAUGUUGACGACGGCAUGGACGGAGUGCAGAUUGUCAACAUGCUUGUGGCCGAAGCUGGUGACGUCACUGAUGAUGACGUCAGUGAGGAUGACGAGAAAAAUGAUGCUAUCAUUUAUAAUAAUAAUAACAACAACAACAACAAUAACGAUAAUAAUAGAGAUAGUGUAGGUAACCGACAGGUCACUGUUCAUUCGGCAAUCAGAAUCGAUACGAAUGUUCUAUUCGGCGGUUAUAAGGACGCUAAUUCGAAACAUUUCUACAACAACAACAAUAAUAAUAAUCCUGGAAACGAUGAUGUCAUUUCAUGGUUGGUGCAAUGUUCGGUAGGCAGGGAUAAAGACGACAUGGGUGGUGCUGACGAGUCGACAGCUCAUCUACACGUCUUCCAGAACCACAAUGCGCCAUCUGGCCUCCCCCGCCUAAUCCUCCAGCCAAGUAUGAAGUCAGUGGAACGAAACAAACUCGUCGAACUCGUCUGCAAAGCUACCGGAAGUCAGCCUAUUCAAUAUCGUUGGUACAAAAAUUUAUUUCCAGUUAAGGCGGGUAGCAACCAAAGAUUAGAAACAACUCCGACAGGUUCCCUCCUAAUCCGCUCGAGUGAAAAGCUGGAUGAAGGCAGGUACGUCUGUGAAGCUAGCAACCAUGUUGGGGCCGUUUAUUCCCACCAGACUGAUCGCCGGAUUCCACCGAAUGUCGUCAUUCAUCCGGAUUCAGUUGAAAUCAAUCCGGCAGAUUCGACUAAUAUCUCGUGCACGGCCAGUGGAUCCCCGCCUCCUACCAUUAAAUGGCUUCUUAACGAGGUGGAAGUCACCGACGAUGUUUUGGUCGACAGUCUUGACCUUUCAAGAGUUCAUCUACUUAUCAGAAACGCUCAGCAAUCUGCAACGUACAAAUGUCUUGCCAGGUCGGAGUUGGGCAAUGUUGAGAAGGAGGUCUUCGUCAAUGUUAAAAGUCCGCCAAGUCCGCCAACGAACUUGAUGUUGCACGACGUCACAGCCACCUCGGCUCGCCUCACGUGGACCGCACCCGCCACCGCCCGCCACCACAUCGUCCAGUACAAACCGAAGUACGACGACACCGUCCUCUACAUGACCAUCCACAACGUGGCCACUGCGGAGGUCGCCAUCAACAGUUUGAAGCCCCACACCAUGUACGACUUCCGUGUGGCUGCCGUCAACGAAGUUGGCCUCAGUCACUACAGCAACUCGUUCUAUGGCACGACAGCAGAAUCAGCACCAUCAUCAUCACCGGAGAAUGUGAAAGCAAAAUGUAUCAGUUCCGGGAAGUUGGCCGUCUUCUGGGACGAACCAAAGACACCAAAUGGUGUCAUCCUGCAAGGAACAGGCAAGCACGCAAACAACGAAUCACAGACACACUGCGUGCUAAAGGGCAUGAUAUUUUUGCAUUCUAACCGGGGCUACAAAAUCCUGUACACUCAGGCGAACAACCCCGAACUGCCCCAGCACCUCUGGACUGUGCACUCGGUGGAGAACACGCGCCUAACUACGAUUAGUAACUUACUGGAUAGCAAGAAGUAUUUGAUAUGCGUGCAGGCCUACAACGGCGUCGGUGAUGGGCCACUGUCCAUUCCUAUUGCCGUUGUGACUAAAAUCGGAGUUUUGGAGACAGAAGGAAUAUUUGAAAGUGGUGUAGUGGUUGAGUUGCCUGGCACUGGUCUGGAUGCGAGUGGGAUCGAAUGCAAGAGAUCUCCACCUACCGCAUGCAAUGUAUGCGGUGUAGCGACUCACUUUCUUUCUGCUAACUUUGGAAAUAUUUUCUACGCGCAGAAUAGCGAAAUUGGAUUUUAA